CGUCGGACUGAAACUCUCAGAACAGCAAGAAGUCGAGCGGACAGCAACAAAACAAACAGAGAAGAAGAAGAAGAGGUAGUAGUAGUGGAAGAAGAAGAAGAAGAAGAAGAAGAAGAAGAAGAAGGAUGCAAACUCAGAUCCAGUCUAUGCCGCGCGGAGUCUCCAGCAGCGCGCAGAGUGUGAGCAGCAGCAGCGGAGCCAUGAGUCCCCUCAGCCCGGCCAGCAUCACCCUCACAGCGCUCCUCAUCCUCUGCGUCCCCGUCUGCACAAGUGCUCCAGCAGAACUUUAUCAAACCACAACAGCUCAGAGGCAGCUCCUCAGCCAGAUAGACGACGUGUGUUCGUCCUACCUCUCUGCAGACCUGAAGAUGUGGGAGUCUGAUGUGUUAGGAGAGCUCUGUGUGCUGAUGCUGGUCCAGAAGUCAAAGGAGCUCAAAGUGCGAGGAAGUAAACGGGGAGAGCUUCAGGGGCCCGGAGGAAUCCAGAGCAGAGGUUACUUCCUCUAUCGGCCACGGAAUGGAAGACGAUCCUUAGAAUACGAGUAAAUAUAAAGAGUCCUCACCUCUGAAGCUGAGUGUACAGAAAACACACACACACACACACACACACACACACACACCCUGAGACCUGAUCUGCUGCUCCACGACCGACUGAUCCGCUCCACAGAACUCUGCUGUACAGUGAUGUCUGAAUGUAUAAAACACGAUUAUUUGUCCUCAUUUUAUUUUGUGUGUCAUUUGCAUUAAAACUGCUCUAAUGUG